CGAGUUAUCCACAUCACGAAGGAGCAGGAACACCUUAUCCGCAAUACGGACAGUCGACUUCUUCUGGAUUCAAUCCUCCAAAGUCAACUCCUUCAUCAGCACCACAGUCUCACGAAGAUUCCACGCAUCCCCCUUCAUCAGUGAAUGCUUUGUCUUCAACACCACAGCAGCAAUCGUCAGGAUCGACAGAUCCCGUCAGAUCGGAAAAUCGUUAUGUCCAAUAUGAACCCUCGCGUCGUCCUUAUCCUGUUGAGCAAUCGACAUCCACCAGCGCCCCUCAGACCACCAACCCCAAUGCGUCAUCUCAACAAUCUUCAUCCUAUAACCCUCCGACAGUCACUCGAAGUACGCCUGUAUCAUUACCUUCGCUUGCGCCUCUGAGUGCCACUGAUCGAAAUGACCGCAACUACUCGGGCGGUUCUAAUGUGCAAAACCAUCCCUACUUAUCAACAAACUCUUCUUCAUCCUCGCAUUCUUCGUCACAGCACUCUAAAUCACCGCAAAUCACAUCACAAAAACACUCACCCUACGAACAACACCCACAACCUCCGUAUUCACAAACCUCAUCAAAUUCUUCGGCUAGCAGAAUGUCAUUCCCUCCUGUUAAUGAACAUCCUAAUGGUGGCAAGAAAAACGGGGUAAGCCCUAACAUGAAUGUUGGCAAUGAGCACUCUUCAAAUCCUCCGUCUUCUCCGAGCUCUGGCUAUGAAGGUUCCUAUCCGUCAAGAAGACAGGGUGGCGAUGCGGAAGGUGAGAGGAAUGUUAGUCAAAAUAGUGGUGGUGGUGAGAAGUAUUGA